GCCCUGGUUACUUGCGAAGUCAGCGGAUAAGGGUACCGUGUUUAUUGUAGGAAGGGCACUAAAGUUCAGAAUGAAAUCGGCUGUGUGUGCUGCUAUACGCUCUGUAUCUGUGUUGGAGCACAUGACUGACCUCGAGAGGUGGGUGGGGGUUGGCAGGUCAGCACCAAAGCCACGAACCCACAAGGCGGCCAAGAGCGAUCACGCCAUAGCUGACCCGAGUUGCCUCAGCUGAAGUUUAUCAUGGCAAUGUCCUGGAACGGCGCAGCAAUGUUUCAUUUCUCGCGAGCGGACUUUUCUUUAAGUCGCUGUGCGUGUUGCCGACAUGGAAGCUAACAGAGCUGGGGCAGUAAAAAGGAACCGCGAUGAAGAGGAUGGGGUGGAUAGUUUCAGAGCAAUGACUCCUGAGAGCAGCAUUGAUGAAGCCAUUUGCAGCUCAACGCUCGACAAUAAGAAGAGAAGAACAAGCGCGAAUCCUCACCUAGAACAAAUCCAAGUUAUUGGACAUGCAGACGUGGCGAUGGUUGACCCCGUUGUACCAUUGCCGCCGGCAGUCCCAUAUGCCGAGAUGAUAUCGCGGCUCAAUGUAGACGCUCUUCGCGACAUCGUUGCGACUUUGGCUGCAGGCUCAAAUGACGCGCGGGCUCUGGUGGAAAUAGCAUAUGGCCGACGCAACCGACAACCAGACUUGGGCCAGUAUGCGGUUGAGGUGGAUGAGAUUUUCAAAAGUCGUGGCCAAAGAUAUGCCGUCUCCGGUGUGGCCUACUCAGACGUCAAGUCCUGCAUCGAGCAACUGGCGCAGCAAGUAGGGCCGUACAGCACAUAUCAAACCAAGAAGAGCGCGCUUGAGGCAUUACUGGACAUUGCAUUUAGCAUACUCCGAGCGGACAGGUCGCGCCAGGCUGUAGAAGUCAAGGCGCAAUUCGAGAAAGAUGAUUGUAUAUCUCAGCUCAUGGAGCAAAUCGCGCGGAGCAUGUCUGCGGUUGAGAGAGCUAGUGUCAGCGAAGAGACGACGGUGCACGGAGCGACAUUCGCCAGAAGCCUGCAAUUUGUACACGAGAAAGCUGUAGAGAACUACAUCGCUGGCUUCUACGACUUCGCGCUUGUUUUGGAAGUUCUGAGCCAGCGUAUUGAAAGGUGAAAGGUGAAAGACGCGCGUGGCCGCGCAACUACCGGACGCGAUUUGAUUCCAGAUGGCCCCACCGGCUGCGCGUUGGAAAUAGCUUGGGGCGCACGUACUGUGGGUUUGCUGCUAUCCAGGGCGGGCUCUAUCGACACUUGGCGGGUAUUUUCUUUUUGGGGUUUGGUCAGUAUCACAAUAACCCUCAAACUUGUUGCGAUUGCCAC